AUGGAAAACAGGAGUAAUGUCACUGUGUUUAUUCUCUUGGGACUAUCUCAAAACAAGGACAUUGAAAUCCUUUGUUUUGUAUUAUUUUUACUUUGCUACAUUGCUAUUUGGAUGGGAAAUUUGCUCAUAAUGAUUUCUAUUACAUGCAGUCCACUAAUUGACCAACCCAUGUAUUUUUUCCUUAAUUACCUCUCACUCACCGACCUUUGCUAUACAUCAACAGUGAUGCCCAAACUAAUGACUGGUUUACUGGAAAAAAGGAAGACCAUUUCCUACAAUAACUGCAUGACACAGCUUGUCACCCUUCACUUCCUUGGUGCCAUAGAGAUCUUUAUCCUCACAGGGAUGGCCUAUGACCGCUAUGUGGCCAUCUGCAAGCCCCUGCACUAUGCCGUCAUCAUGAACAAGCAAAAGUGUAACAUGAUCAUCAUAGCUUGUUGUACUGGGGGAUUUAUACACUCUGCCAGUCUGUGUCUUCUCACCAUCUUUUUACCGUUCUGUGGCCCCAAUGAGAUAGAUCACUACUUCUGCGAUGUGUAUCCUUUGCUGAAAUUGGCUUGCACCGACACGUACAGAAUUGGUCUCUUGGUAGUUGUUAAUUCAGGUCUGAUCGCUUUGGUGAUUUUUGUGAUUUUGAUGGUGUCUUAUUUUCUGAUAUUUUACACUAUCAGGGCUUACCCUGCAGAAAGCCGUACCAAAGCUCUUUCCACUUGCAGUUCUCACCUCACAGUAGUGGUCCUGUUUUUUGUGCCUGUAUUCUUUAUUUAUAUUAGACCAGCCACAACUUUUCCAGAAGACAAAGUGUUUGCUCUUUUCUACACCAUCGUUGCUCCCUUGUUCAACCCUGUAAUCUAUACACUCAGAAACAUGGAAAUGAAGAAUGCUUUGAGGAAAGUCUGGUGCCAGAAACCAAGUUUGAUUGGAAGGCAAAUCAACUGA